AUGGCCAUGAGCCAGUGGGGUGCUGAUCUAGAGACGAAGGAUGAGGACGACGAGACGCCGCUGUCAUGGGCUGCCAAAAAUCGUCAUAUAUCAAUUGUCAAGCUCUUUGUCAACAAUAGUGCUAGCUUAGGCCUAUUAAGAGAUGAGACUUCUGGCUUCUCUGACUCUAGUCUGACUUUGUUCUCUUCAGAGUAG